GAAUUAUACUUCUUGCCAAUGGGUGGAUGGAAACUAGAAGUGGGUAAAAUGGCAUUGUACAUGGCCUUCCCGGUUGGUAUCUUUCACUUUUUCAAUCAGCCGCAGUAUUUCGAGGAUUGGGUUGUCUCGGUAAAAAGGGAAAUAUACCCACCAGAAAACCCUAUUCAUAGAGAGAUGCUUGAAAAUGCGAAGGAGUCUCUCAGGAAAAAAGAGGAGCUGAAUUUAAAGAAACAGUUGGACGGGAUGUAACACUUUGGUUAUAUAUAUGAAAGAAUGUGUAAAUAUAUAAUAUAGUUUUCAUAACAUACA